AGCCUUUCUGGCGCAGGGCUGGGCUCCGCUUCUGCUUCGGGGGUGCGUCGCGUGGGCGUCCGAGUCUGGGAUGGCUGUCGGCCACGAGAGGGUGAUGUGGAACGCCGCGUUCAUCGAGGCGGGGGGCGAAGAGUGCCAGGGCUCGCUCAGUCCUCGGCCCUCCAGCGAGCUCUGCAGCGAGUCGUCUCCUCUUCGCAGUGUGCUCUUCGACGCCGAUCGCAUGGUCGAUGAUGCGCUGUCGAAACACAUGGAAGGGGUCUGGGCCGCGAACAGCCGGAAGACGAGGAGGAACAGGGUCGAGAGGCGGGGCAUGUCUGCAGCCGUAGAUGCCAUCCACCUCCUGCCUGAGCAGUUGAGCAGCGCGGUGCAGACCAAGGCCAAAGGCCUCGCCGGCAGCGUGAAGAUCGACCUGUUCUUGGUGCAGCGGGUCAUCCGCCGCAGCGGCGUGGGCGACGACGUCGUCGAUGAGGCCAUCGAUCAGCUGGACAAGAUUCCAGAGAUCAUCAGGAGCUCCUUCGUCUCGAAGAUAGAGGAGGCGAACGAGGCGAUGCAGGUGAAGCUGAGCGCCAUCAUGCAGACGUUCAAGGGCCGUGCCCCUGAGAGUCAAGAAGUGAUGACGCAGCUGUGUAACCUCCCAGAGAAAUUCGAGCAGAUCACCUGCGAGGCGGUUGACCAGGCCAUGCAUGAUUUCCAGCGCGAGGCGGCUAGUUGUUACGACCGCGUCUCGCGGAGCUUGCCAGAAGACGCGGGUUUCAGCCACCAGGCCCUGAAAGACGCUGAGUCUCAGAUCGCGAAAUUGUCGAUGCCAGAGAUGUACUUCGCGACGAUGCGGGCCUUGAGGAGCACGACUAACGCGCACGUCAAGCACGCCGUUGCUUACGUGGACGACCCCAAGGAAGUACCUUCUACGAAGACGAACGCAUUGGCCGCAGACGUGCUUCCGAGGGCGAAGCUGGGCACCCUGCCGCAGACGACCGGCGCGUCCGUGUACCAGUCCAGCCGUUGCGCGGCCAGCAUGCAGGACUACGCGACAGGCGGUGGCGGCGACGGCGCUCUGGCGAGCCACCGCGGUCGGUGGCAGGCCAGGCUCGCCUCCAGCGCCGAGUGCAGCCACCCUUCCAAUCCCGGGAGCCUGGGCCACCCCGAGAUGUGCUUCCGGACGUGCUUGUAUUUCAUGGAGGGCCGGUGCGCGAACGGCGACGCGUGCAGGUUCUGCCACUGCCCGCACUCGACUCGGCCCGUGCACCUCGGGAAGUCGCAGAGGAAGUUUUUAGAGACGUCGACAGCGGCCGAUUGCUUCGGCAUCCUGCUGCCCAUCCUCGAGAGGAAAAUGGUCAUGCUGCGCUUGGCCACAGACGCGCUCCAGUUGCUGGCUGGCCAGCAGUGCGCUGGGCCAGGCGAGGUCCCCGUCGACGCUGGCAGCCAGUUCAAGGCUCGGGAGCUGCGGUCUUUGGAAAAAGCUCUUCGGGCUGUGCCCAUGCGGUCGCUGCUGAUGGUGCUGCGAAGGAAGAUGGGGGCGCAAAGUUCACGCGAGACGGCCGUGUUCGACGCGCUGAUUCUGGAGUUGCGCGAGGCGGGCUUCCAGGUGGACUUCGAGCCAGGGUUCCCAGGGGACGCUUGAGUUUGGCCGGCUGCUCCGUAGUAUUCCUUCUGUUCCCAGCAGCGUUUGGUCAAACAGCUCCAGCAGGCCCGGAAAUGGGCGUAGCCCAGACGCGCAGUACCAGGCAGGCUUGAAGCUCAACGACAAUCCACUCGUGGACCCCUUCCUAUCCUUAAGUCCCCAACCCUCACAACCCCAUCAAAGAACCACCGUGGGUAAACCCCUCCGCGAGGCGUCAUGAUUAGGCCGGGCUUCUGAGAGCCAGUGUGCGCUCAGACCGCGGAUGCGUCGGCGCGGCCAGGCCACACCGGGCCAUUUUUUGUUUCAGUUUGGCAGGGUUGUUGAUCUCUUGCUCCUGUUCGCGCCAACCCCUUGGGUCAGUUUGAUCACGUCGGCUCACCCCACGUGCACUAUUUGCGCCUACUGCCGGCGCCCCGCGUGGGAAUAUGUUUUCCACGCGAAUUUUGCCUCAGGGAGACCAGGACGCACGGCAGCCAGUGGUGUCAGUCGAUCGAUCGGGCAAUCACGUGAACAUUCGGUCACGGGACAUGGGCAGUGUUGGCAGGACCGAUCUCGAAUGCUACAGCAUCUCCGUGCUUAUAUCCUCUACCAACCAGCGCAGCGCUUCACGGAUGUCCGUUUGUUGCUGCUGGAGUUUGGUUUUCUUCACGCGCCUUAGUUGCCGUAUGGCUUUUGAGUGCGUGGUUUAAGGUCUGCCUUGCGUCUCGGCCUGCAAGGUUCAAAGUGCUUCUUAACCCACGGGGCCAUGACGCGCGUUGUGCCCCACCCUCCCACCCCCCAUAACAUGACUUGGACUGUUCACCCCCUCCUCCCCCUCUUGCCCGCAUGCCCCCAGCGAAGCCGCUUACACAGCACCGGCCGAUUAUCGCGCGCGUGGGCAGCAACUGAGAGCUUACUUCGCAAGAUGGCGCAUCUUUCGGACCGUACGUGUCUGCGCUUCCUGCUGAGGCGUGCCUUGUAGGGCUGCGCGUCUGAUUUUUUCCGCAGGUGGGGUAUCCCAAACCCAAGCGGAACUCAAUGAUCUACUUAUUUUAAUGAUCUCGGCGCCUCUGAGCGAUCAGUCGAGCUUCGCAUAAAUAUUCCAAGAUGGCUCC